CUCAUAAAUGAAACUUCCAAGAAAGAAACUCAAACUGUGACAAUUGAUGAUGAAAAUUUAAAUGAUUUAUCUGAUUUAGAGUUGCUAAAAAAAUUAACCAAAGAAAUCAAAUGGGUAGACUUG